GAUCAUCACAAAGCGCUCCCGGUAGGCGGUUUGGCGGGAGAGUUCCAAAACUGGAAAGGGGUCGCGCGCCGAAGUUGUGCAGCGACUGUGUUGUACAGUAAUUGCUCCUCGCUGGAUACAUCAGUACCUGUCAUGGCUUCAAAACGGAAAUUGUUCAAACCCCGUGCCUACAGUGAAAAUCUGAUAGAAGAAUUACCAAAAACAAAAAGGCCUCGAACCUCUGGAAAGAAAAAGUCUGUUCCACAAGAUGAUGGUGAUAUAGAAAGCAAUAAUGUUUUUGGGCAUCUCCUUAAGACUGCAGGGAUUACACUGAAAUCAGGAGAAAAACAGAAUGAAAUAGCUGUAGAUGGAGCAAUUUUACAGAAAAAGUUGAAUCAAGCCUUAAGAAAACACCCUUCUUAUCCACAGAUUGUUGCAGAGUUCAUCAGUGGCUUGGAUUCCCACAUUGAAAACAGAGAUCAUUUUAGGAAUUGUCUUCUACCAUGCAUACCCGCACAAAAUCAAGAAACAAAUAAUGCAGUACAUUCAUACUGCGAAAGUGUCAUUAAAUUGCUUCUUGGUAUUGAGAUGUUGCAGCCUGCUGUGAUAAAACUGUUAUUUGAAAAGCUUCCUGAAUUUUUUCAAGAAAGUAUUGGCAGUGAUGGAUUAAAUUUGCCUCGGCUGAUUGUCAAUCAAUUAAAAUGGCUUGACAAGAUAGUUGACAACAAGGAUCUUGUUUCAAUGAUCAUGCAGAUGGUUUAUGUUUCACCUCCAUCAAUUCAACAUGAUAUUAUUACAAGUCUGCCAGAAAUUCUGGAAGAUUCCCAGCAUAGUGAAAUUGCCAAGCAACUUAGUUCUUUGUUAAAGGAGAACGUUGGGCUUACAGUUCCAGUCCUAGAUGCACUUUCCUGUUUGAAUCUUGAUAUGGAACUUCUGUCUGAGAUACGCCAGUCUGUCAUGAUUUCAGUGUCUGCUGUAAAAGUGGAAGAUUUACCCGUAAUAGUUAAAUUUAUUCUUCAUUCUAUGAAGGCCACUGAAGCAACAGAGGUAAUCUCUGAUCUUCGUAAGAAGCUGAAUCUGGAAUCCUGUGCCGCCCUUCCAAGUAUCCAGGCUUCUCAAAGCAGACUCAGCAGCCAGGCACAGUCAAGUCUAUCCGCAAGCCAAAUGAGUAUUAACAAGGAUUCUUUCAAGCUCCUUUUUGACGUAUUAAAGUCGGCUCUUAAAUUUCAGAAGUUUGUAUUAGAAGGUUGGAUUAAGGCUAUUGAGAAUAUUCCUUCUGCCUCUGAUCAUAAGAUUCUGGAUAUGAUAAUGCUGUUAAUUAUCUAUGCUACAAAUACCAAAAACAAGAAGCAAAUUGAGAGAUUGUUGAAGAGUAAGAUUCAGUCAGGUUGUUUGCGAGAGCAGUUGCUGCAGAACACCUUCCGAUAUCACUCACUGGUUAUGAGAGAUCUUUUCCCAGCCAUCUUGUCAGUUGCUGAGAGCUUUGUGAAUUCAGCAGAUCCUUGUGUUGUCUCCUUUGGUAGCUGCAUGUACAAGCAAGCAUUCACAGCUUUUGAUUCUUACUGCCAGCAGGAGAUUGUGGGUGCCUUGGUUACUCAUGUAUGUGGUGGCAAUAAGGUUGAAGUGGAUGUUUCUCUGGAUACAUUAACUGAUCUUGUGUCUGUCCAUACCUCAUCAGUUGUUCCUUACGUUGUCUUUCUGAAGAGCAUCUUGGACUAUAUGGAUAAUCUUGGUCCACAGCAAAUCCGGAAGCUAUUUCACAUCCUCAGCAUACUGGCAUUUAGCCAGGGGCAUAGAAACAGCCACAUCCAGGAUGAUAUGCACAUGGUGAUUAGAAAGCAGCUCUCAAGUACUAUCCCUAAGUAUAAACGUAUUGGGAUUAUUGGAGCAGUUACCAUGGUCGGCAGUAUGGCAGCCAAGAGGAGCAAAGAAAAUGGAAAACUGCUGGAAAGGGAACAGCUGAGCAAGGAACAACACAGACAGAUUAUAACAUUGCUGGAGCUUGUAUUCUCCUGUUGUGGGCAGGUUCCUCAUGCCUUGGCUUUGUACUAUGAUGAACUUGCCAACUUAAUUCAGAAAGGAAGUAUGGAUUUGCAGAUCCUGGCCUGGAUUAAGGACUAUGUGGUCCAAGACUUUGAGAACGAUUUUGUCACAGAUCUUCUCCAGAUAGAGGAUAGCACUUUCCCAUUCCCACUGAAAGCUCUAUAUGGCUUAGAAGAUGGUGAAAGUGAGGGGGGUAUUGCUGUUAACUUGCUGCCCCUGUUGUCCCAGAGCUUUUCCAUGAACCUGGAUGUAACAGCUGCGGAAAGCAAGGACAAAAGGCUAGUGUCUCCAGUGUGCUUGUCACCCUUCUUCCGAUUGCUGAGGCUCUGCAUGUCAGAACUGAAUAAAGGGAAUAUGGAGGACAUUGAUGCUUUAUUAGUAUGCCCUUUAUAUCUGACCAGCUUGGAGGUGACAGAAAAAAUAGAGUCUUUGUCAAAGCAAGAACGCGAGUUCCUUUGUUCGCUCUUAUUUCAUGCGGUGAACUGGUUUCGUGAGGUUGUAAAUGCUUUCUGCCGAGAAGAAGAACCUAGUAUAAAAGGAAAAGUUUUGACUCGGUUACAGAACAUUACCGAGCUACAGUGUAUUCUAGAAAAAUGCUUAGCAGCAAGCCCUGGAUAUGCUCCUCCUCUUGCUAACUUUGAUUCUGAGACCUUGGAAGCUGUUCCUGUCCUCAAUACUACCUCUGUUAUUAAAAAAAAGAACAAAGGACAAAAAAAAGUAAAAUCAGAUAGCAAAAACAGCUUUGGAGAUAAUUCACAACUGGAUGAGAACUCGGACAUAAUUCAAGCAGAAGCUGAGACAAGUCAACAAGAAAAAUCUAACUCCCCAGAAAAAGAUCCAGGAACUCCUUUAAUACAGCUGCAGAAUUACAGUGCGUAUUUCCGUGAGUUAGAUUUGGAAGUUUUUACCAUCCUGCAUUGUGGACUGUUGACCAAAUCUGUUUUGGACACAGAGAUGCACACAAAGACCCGUGAAGUGGUGCAGCUAGAGCCAACUGAGCUCCUCUUCCUUUUAGAAGAUUUGUAUCGUAAAAUGGAACAUGUCUUAAUACUAGCUCCUGCAAAGAGAACCCCCUUUUUAAAGGGAAAAGGAAAUAAAAAUGCUGGAUUUUCACAUCUUUGCCAAAGUACAUCUCAAGAAGUGAUUGAGUAUGCUGCUGAACUUUUAAAGCCACUGUGCAAUCACAUAGAAAAUAUGCACAACCACUUCCAGACGCUGAUUACAGAGAACCAUGGUGUGAUUGAUGGGCCAGGCGUCAAUGUUCAGGAACAUCAAUUAAUGUCAUCCUGUUAUCAGCGCUUAUUGCAGAUCUUUCACUUCCUGUUUGCUUGGAAUGGAUUUUCUCGGCAUGAGAACCAUGGCUUACUAAAAACAAGUCUGCAUGUCCUUGCAUGCAGGCUUAAGCCAGGAGAUAGAGAGCUUCCUCUUGAGGACCUACUCAGUCAGAGUUUCCAGUAUUUACUGAACUUCCAACAGAGCGUUCCCAAUAUUUACUGUGCACUGAGUCUUACCCAGCUUCUGCUUGUCAUUGCUGAAAAAUCUGUGGCCAAUGCAAAAAGCAAAGAAAUAGCUUCCAUCACAAAAGGUUUCCUUUGCCAAUCUUGGAUGCAGCCCUGUGGAACUCGUCAGAAGGGUUCCCAAUUUAAUGAUGCUCUCCAUACUUUGCUGAAUAUUCAUAUGGAAUAUACACAUGAUAUCUUGAAGGAGAUAGAAGACAUUUCAAGCACUGGGGUUCCACAGCUGAUUAAUUCUUCUAAAGAUGGAUACUCUUCCACUUACCCUACACUGACCAGACAAACUUUUCCCAUUUUCUUCCGGGUGAUGAUAACUCACCUAGAAACUUCAGUAAGAAGCAUAUCUGCUGGAAAAUCAUCAGAUUCAAGUGAGAUUCAGUUGGAGAAAUUGUUACACUGGAACCUAGCUGUGCGUGAUUUCCACAUCCUUGUUAAUUUGGUCAAGGUAUUUGAUAGUCGUCCUGUACUCAGUGUUUGCUUGAAGUAUGGUCGUCUGUUUAUAGAGACAUUUUUGAAGUCUGGUAUGCCCCUCUUGGACUACAGCUUUAAAAAGCACAGGGAGGAUGUGCAGAGUUUGUUGAAAACCUUGCAACUGAGCACCAGACAACUUCAUCAUGUUUGUGGCCACUCUAAGAUUCAUCAAGACACAGGUCUCACCAGUCAUGUACCUCUCCUAAAGAAGUCCCUCGAGCUAUUUGUUUACCGAGUGAAAGCAAUGCUGGCUCUCAAUCAUUGUCAGGAGGCUUUCUGGGUGGGCAUCCUCAAAAAUAGGGACUUGCAGGGAGAAGAGAUCCUUUCACAAGCAUCACAAGUACCCGAAGCAGAAGAGACAGAGAUGCCCACACUCUCUCAAAAGGAUCCUGAAGAGGAAAAGGAAGAUUCAGAGACUGAAGGUAGAAUGGACACCAAUGAUAGUGAUGAAGACAGUUCUGAUUAGAAUGUGCUAUAAUUCUGGGUGAAACGUUUUGGCUUAGAUUAUUGGAAUUUGUUAUCCAUAUCCCAAGAAGUUUAUAAUUUGUAUUCAGACAAUAUUAAAAUAAAUUGGAUGAGCCAUGGGCAGUA